UAGGCACAAAAAUGCUACUUCUAAUUAAAUAUUAUUUAUUAUUAUACGGAGUCCUUUUUCUCUCUCUUUAGAUGGUGGGUCGAUGAUAUCAACAGCCCUUUCCCCUCCUCCUUUUUCUGGUCUGCGGCUCUUUCCCUCUACCUUCAACUAAUCUUAACUGCAACCACGACUAUAUCUGACUGCUCUCCGCUUCUCUGUAUUGCCGACACUCAUUGUCUGCUUUUUGGGAAGUAACUCGAAAAGAAAAGGAAACGAGAAAAAAAAAUAAGGGGACCUAGAGGUUAUCUUCCCAGAGCAGACUCCGUACGAGGCUACCUUGUUGUCAGGUCGUGAAAGGGAAUCGAACAUGGCUGAAUUUUCUUUCUGCAUCUUGUUGUUCCGAUAGACCUUAAUCAGAAUCUCAGUCAGGUCUCCUAGUUUUGCAGGACAUGCCUGCCAUGGCAGCCUUUCCAUGGACGGGAGACUCACCCGAUUGCCAACUUGCGAAUCCCUCGGCGCCAAUGUCUGUUUUGUCGAUGCGAGAUUCCAGUUCUUCUCCAUUCAACGUUGCCACCCAUCCCACAGACUCUAUUGCAGAGGGCCUGGCCCCUAAUUACUUUGAUGGCGGCACUGAAAACCCCCAUAGUCGCACGGGUUCGAUCCAGGACACAUGCGAUGAAAUCAGCUACAACGCACUCUCGCAUAAAGAGGCCUCGAAAUCUCCUUCGAGGUGGCAGCUUCUACCACAGAUGGGGGCAUUUGAGGCUUCCUUGAAUAAGUCGAAAACGUGGUCCGGAAUGGAUGAGGAGCAUCGAGAUAUUGCAACUCCCGGGUUAUCGAAGGGUGAAACACAUAGGGUGGAGCCAGUAUCAAAAACUACUGCAUCUGCGCUACCUUUAAUGGGGUACUUCUCUCCACAGAUUCCCGGGAAAUCCUCCCAAGGUGCCGAGAAUGCUACCGCCAUGGGAGAGUGUCUGAAUUUACAGAAGGGCGCAGAUAGAACAAUGGCCUGCUUCUCAUCAUCUACGAACACACCACGCUCUAACCUUUGGAAUGACAAACGGAAAUAUCCACCAUAUCAUGGAUCGGAUCAAGUAUUGUCCAUGCCAAAUCUUUCAAUCUCUCGUGCGAAUACGCUCCCCGCAACCUUCACAGAUUUCGAUGCCUGUUCUAUCUCGCCUGACCGAUGCGUCGAAUUACUUGAAUCAUUUCCGGAUGAGGUCUUAUUACUUGACAUCCGUCCAUUUGCACAUUUUGCGCGUGCUAAUAUCAAUGAUUCUUUAAAUCUUUGUAUCCCGACAACGUUACUGAAGCGCCGUUCUUUUGACACCCACAAAUUGGAAGGUACAUUUACGAAUGAGGCUUCUAAAAAAAGGUUCUCUAGAUGGAGAAGUUGCCGCUUCAUUAUCGUUUAUGAUGCCUUUACCUCGAGUGUGAAAGAUGCCGGUCCGCUUGUUAACGUCUUGAAAAAGUUCACAGAAGAUGGGUGGACCGGCGAGGGGUUGAUAAUCCGUGGCGGCUUCAAAGCGUUUUCGGAGAAGUUCCCCGGUUUUGUCAAACAACCGCAACCUCAGUCGCAAUCGCGCAGAGCAACGUUAAAGGAGCAAACCUCGAUGAACCUUACUCUUCCGUCAAUUGCUCCUGUCGUUGGGGGUUGUGCCAUACCGGAGGAGUCACCCGCUGCGAACCCUUUUUUCGGAAACAUCCGCCAAAAUCUUGAUCUUAUUGGGGGUGUCGGGCAAAUCGCUGUCAAGUGUCCGGAAAAGCUAACAGAAUCGAGAAGGAGACGACUCCCUCUCUGGCUGCGAGCUGCAACGGACUUUAAGGAUCAGGGACGCACUGUCUCGGUGAAAUUUUUGGGACUCGAGAAGGAGGAGUUACAUCGUAUGCGGCAAGCACUGUCUUACGAGCCGUCUAUGUCAUCGAACGCAUCAACAAGACAAUUUCGCGUUGCAGGUAUCGAAAAAGGCACUAAGAACAGGUACAAUGAUGUCUACCCAUUUGAACAUUCAAGAGUUCAUCUCCAGGAUGUACCAGUUGGUGGUUGUGACUAUGUGAAUGCCAAUUACCUGAAAGCUGAGUAUAGCAAUAAAACAUACAUAGCUACGCAGGCCCCUGUACCUGACACAUUUAAUGAUUUUUGGCGCGUGGUUUGGGAACAAGGUAUUAAUAUUAUAGUUUCUCUCACCGCCGAAGUCGAAAGGGGACAGGUGAAAUGCCACCCUUACUGGGAAUCGGGAGACUAUGGACCCCUGAAGCUCAAGUGUGUCUCUCAGCAACAUAUCUUCAUUAAUUCUGGGGAUGUACAGCAUGUCGACCCGCGGAAUCGUCCAGUGCGAGAUCAGUCAUCCCUGGACGGGCAGAACGCCUUUGUCCAGCAGCCAGUUGACAAUUCUUUCAUAAUUGUCCGACAUUUCAGCCUGUCUCAUUCUUUUUUUCCGUUUCAACCACUCCGGGAAAUCACCCAGUUGCAGUAUCCUUACUGGCCCGACUUCGGGACAACCUCGCAGCCAUUCCACCUUCUAAAGUUGAUUGAGCAGUGUGACGAAGUCCGAAGAGCCACCAGCACCGUUCGCUUAGGAGAUCACGAGUCGGAAUCGGGGAGGCAGCGACCGAUCAUUGUACACUGCAGUGCUGGCUGCGGGCGGACUGGCGCUUUUUGCACUGUUGAUAGCGUUCUGGAUAUGUUGAAACGACAAUGCGCCGAGGGCGCUUUGCGUUUUCGGGAAACUGACAAUGAGGACCCUGCAGGUGAUGGCUGGAUUUUUGAUAAGGGACUGGAUCUAAUUGCGAAGACCGUGGGAGAUUUUCGUACCCAGAGGCCGAGUAUGGUACAGAACCUGAGCCAGUUUGUGCUUUGUUAUGAGAGCGUACUUGAAUGGAUUGCGUCUCAGAUGGUGGAAGAAACGGCAGGAACCCAUGUUGCUUGAAUCUUGGCUUUUGAUCGGAUACCCUCUGUUUCGUUCUCACUUUCUCUUGCUCUUGGAAGCGUGGUUUGAUGUUAAUACGCUGUUGAUGGCCUAGGUGCAGCAGAUUUAUGAGAUAAUACUUAUGACUAUAUGUAUAUAACUGUGCCGUAUUUACUCUGUACCUAGCAAGUGUCUUUGAUAUGAAGUGGCCGACGCAUUGAUAGAUAUAUAGACUCGUUAGAUAAAAUGGGGGAACUGAGCCGAACAUCUUGAGUUGUCGA